AUGGCGUCCGAUAUGACACAACCGAUUUUGGACGCCCUGUCCACGUCCGACGGCCCGAUUCUCUCCAACGAAGCCUUCCCCUCCACCCCCUCACUAAACGUCAAGAGUGCGCUCGAUCGUCUAGCCUCGCGGAGCAUGGUCGAAUAUGAGACAAAGGACAAGGAAGUCAUUGCCUUGACCCCGGAAGGUGAAGAUAUCGCUGCCAAUGGCAGCCACGAGGCCAAGGUUUUCGAGGCUGUAGUGGCCGCCAUGGAUGGAUUGAAGAUCGGCGAUCUGCCUGGAAUCGUGGGAAAGGAAAACGCCAAGGUUGGCCAGGGCAAUGCCUUCAAGAAGGGCUGGAUCAAGAAGGACAAGGAUGUAUUGCGGGCGACCACCGAAUCUAUCGUCGACGACACUCGCGAGCUGAUGUUGACCAUCAAGAAGACUCAGUCGCUGGAGGACCAGAAGGCGAUUACAGACCUUAAACGCCGGAAACUGAUCGCGCUGCAGAAGGUCAUCACCUUCCGCAUCUCGAAGGGCCCCAAGUUCGCCAAGGAAUUCGUCAAGGAGGAGACUGACCUGACAGCGGAAAUGCUCGCAAACGGAUCGUGGAAGACAGCCACGCUGAAGCCCUACAACUUCAAGGCCAAGGGUGCUCCUACCCCGGCCGGUACCUUCCACCCUCUCAACAAGGUGCGACAGGAGUUCCGCAACAUCUUCUUCGAGAUGGGUUUCGAGGAGAUGCCCACCAACCGCUUCGUAGAGACGGGCUUCUGGAACUUCGACGCUCUCUAUGUCCCUCAGCAACAUCCCGCCCGCGACCUCCAAGAUACCUUCUACAUCGCCGACCCCGCCGUAGCCGACCCUCCCCGCGAGGAUCCCUUGAACGACCCCCACCGCCCCAAGUCCGUUCAGCCCGCCUCUGCAGCGACCACGCAGAAGCCCCUUGACUAUCAGGAGUACUGGGAUAAUGUCCGUCAGGUCCACGAGAACGGCAAGUACGGCUCUAUCGGAUACCGCUACCCCUGGAACAAAGACGAGGCUCUCCGCCUGGUGCUCCGCACGCACACCACCUCCGUGUCGACCUAUAUGCUGCACAAGCUCGCGCAGAACCCGCGACCCGCGAGAUAUUUCAGUAUUGACCGAGUUUUCCGUAACGAGGCCGUCGACGCUACUCACCUGGCUGAGUUCCACCAGAUCGAGGGUGUCAUUGCCGACUUCGGUCUUACGCUGGGUGGUCUGAUCGGUUUCAUGGAGGUUUUCUUCGCGAAGAUGGGCAUCCACCAGCUGCGCUUCAAGCCCGCGUACAACCCAUACACUGAGCCCAGCAUGGAGAUCUUCGGCUACCACGAGGGACUGGGCAAGUGGGUUGAGAUUGGAAACAGUGGUAUGUUCCGACCAGAGAUGCUGGAGCCCAUGGGUCUUCCCAAGGACAUGAGAGUGUAUGGCUGGGGUCUAAGUUUGGAGAGACCAACCAUGAUCAAGUACGCCGUCAGCAACAUUCGAGAACUCCUUGGCCACAAGGUUGAUCUCAAUUUCAUCGAGACGAAUCCUGCCGUCAGAUUGGAGAAAGACUAG